AUGAAUGUAUUCUUUGACGGUUAUGUUCAUGCUAAGACAAACUUGAAAGAGUUUGUCGACCAAUUUGAGAACGCUUUAAAAAAAAUUGAGGAUGAAAAUGCCGCGGACUUGCACACAUUUAACGUCACAAUUCCCUGCAUAUCCAGAUCUCUGAUUGAGAAGAGGUUUCAAGAUUUGUACACGAAUGCCAAAUUCAAGGAAGUUCAGCAACAAGUUACUGGCAUCAUCAAUAUGGAUCCAAAGUUACUUAAGAGGGAUGGUGCAGUACAUACCUAUUCGCUAGAGGAUGAAGUUCGUUUGGAAGAGUUCACUAAACUGGUGACGCAUUAUGUGGACUUUACUGAGGAAGAUGCAUCUGCAAAGUGUUCUUGUGGUUUGUUUGAAAUGAGGGGCAUAUUGUGUCGGCAUAUUUUGGCCGUAUUCAAAUGUAACGGGAUUAAAUCUUUGCCAGAUAGGUACAUUUUGGAUCAGUGGAGAAAGGAGAUAAAAAAGAGAUACACCUUGAUGCACAGCAGCUAUGACGAAGGGGAGCAGCGCACAGAUUGUAAUAGAUAUUCAAGUCUGCUGAAUAUCUGUUAUCAGAUGAUCACACAUGCAGUGGGUUCGAAAUCUAAUGCAGAGGAUGCAACUACUAAGUUACAUGCGAUGAUUAACAUGUAUAGUGCCAAUCAAGAACCCCCAUCAAUGACCCAAACGGGUUCCAGUGUCGAUUGUACGACAAAGGACACAACCACAAUUGGUAGUUCUAAGCAAGUACUCAGUCCACAUGUUGUGAGUGGGAAAGGCAAACUCCCAUCUCUGAGAAGAGCAUCCAGGAUGGAGAAUGACAUGUGGAAAGCUAAAGCAAAAACAAAAUGUAAAGAGUGUGAUGGAGGAUAUACACUAGUCGUAAGACAAACAUGCAGGAAUUUAUUCCUUACUCCAGAGAUCGAUAUGUCAAAUCUUGGUGGCGUCCAGGCUGUUCCAGAAAGCGCCGCUAUUGACAUCAAUGGAACCCAAACACAAGAAACAAUGUUUCAAAGUCAAGAAAGUCUACAAUUUGGGUUGGAUGGAUCACAAUCAGUGUACUUUGGGUUGGAUGCAUCAUAA